AUGGUGUGCUAUGUAAAUGAUGUCGUUAACAAAGGAUGGAGUACUGUUGUCCAUUUAAAACCAAGAGAUUUGUAUGAAAUGGGUUAUGAAAUUGAAGAGGCUGCAGAUGAGGACGAGCCACAUCAAAAGCAGGCUCUUGAUCAAUUUUUUGCAAUGCCAAAGUGUAAACGUUUUGCUAAUCCGCUGAAAUCAGCUCCUCAACCUGAAAGGGGUUUUGAUCAAUCUAAUGAGGACAUAGUACACAAUUCACCUACGGAUAGCUCACCACCUAAUCAUGAUUCCAUAAUGCAAGGCAAUCCGGAUAGUACUACGGAUCACUCACUUCCUAACCAAGGAUCCCAAGAACAUACUAGGCACUUUGGUGGACGUCAAUCUUCUGAAUAUUGGACAGUGGAGACAAUAGGCACAGAUGGAACUAUUAAGACUAGAAGGCUAAAAGUUAAAGAAAUGGAUAAUUUAACUAGAGAUGAGCAAGUUGUAGUAAACUUUGAAGAUCAACAAGCUAUUGGGAAAAGCCAAGGUUUACUUGCUGGAUAUUUAGGGACAUUAGCAGUUGAUUGUAAGUUAUUUCCAAUCAACUUCUCAAAGUGGUCAGGACCUUUAGGUAUACCUCGAUCUAGGUUUGAAGAGUGUUUUAGUAACUUGCUGAAGCCAAAAUUUCAUUUCAAAAUUUCUAAGGGCAUUGCAAAGCGAUAUUGCAAAUUGAGCCUUGCAAAAAAGUGGUCACAACAUAGAAUUAAAUUGUGGAAUGAGUUCUAUGAUACAUGUAUGAGUAGACAAGCAAUCAUUGAUAAUGUCCCAGUUGGCAUCGACAGAGAUCAAUGGGCAUCCUUCAUUCAAUAUCGGUUUCUACCUUCUACAAUGGAGAUGUGUAGGAGAAACAAGGAAGUUCGCAAGAAGCAAACAAUUCCCCAUACUGGUGGCUUAAAACCCAUCUCAAGGAAAAGACAUGAAAUAUUUUUACAAACUGGGCGAAAAAUUAGCCGUGGAGAAAUGUAUAUAGCAACUCAUAAGAAGAAAGAUGGGUCCUUUGUGACUGAUGAAGCAAGGAAUAUAGCGGAACAAAUUGAACUACUUAUGACUCAAAAUGAGAAAGAUGAAUUUGGACCAUCCACAAAUGAUGCUAUUGGCAAAGUGUUUGGGGAGGAACAUUCUGGUAGGGUGCGAUGCUUGGGAAUGGGAGCUACACCUACUAAUACUUUUAGAGGUGCCAAUCAUCCUGGCCAGUUUGCUAAUUCUUCAAUUUCAAUGUCUUCUACUAAUUACUCCCAAGCUGAUUUUAAAUGUUUAGAGUCUAAAUUUGAUGGGACAUUGACUGCACUAAAGGCUUAUUUCCUUUCUAAAGAAGGAAGAAUUCCUACUGAACUUACUAGUAUAUUUGACCACGGAGCUCAGGCUAAUGAUGUUGAGAAUGAAAUUAUUACACCAGCAACAGGAAGAGCAUCAUCAUUAGGUGGAAGCAAUGAAAAUUGUGAAGACAUUGUUUAG